UAUUUACGACGUCAGUGGACAUACUGGGCACGCCAGGGUUUACCCAGCAAAAAUCAUCCCGAUGUGGUGGGCUUUUUCAAAAAUCACCACGAGUGGACACUAGAGCAAGUGAACAAAUACGGCCGGGUAUACGGGACCUACACUAUGAUAACAAGUCCGGCUAUCAUAGUAAGCGAGCCCGAUUUGCUCAGGGACAUUACCACCAAGGAUUUUAGCAAUUUCCCCGACCGCCGGCAUUUCCAUACGGGCAGCUCUCCCAUCGGCCAAAGUCUGUUUCUGAUGCCCGGCAACGAUGACUGGAAACGGCAACGAUCUAUACUAUCGCCGGCCUUCACGUCCGGCAAACUGCGGGCAAUGAUGGCUCAGAUCGACGAUAUUUCCGAUAAACUUGUGGUCAAUUUGAAUGAAUUUGCCCGAAAAGGUGAAACAGUAGAUAUGCGUAAAUACAUAGGAGCGUUUGCAAUGGAUGUGAUCAGUGCCUGCGCUUAUGGCAUAAACCCUGAGUCCAUCAACAAUCCGGACCAUCCGGUGGUCACAAACGCUAUGAAAAUACUAAACAUUGACGUCGGGGUCGGGUUUAUAACAUCGGUUAUGUUCCCUAAACUGGCAAAACUAUUGGGUUGUGAGCCCUUUGACAUCAAAGCAGUGAAAUAUUUUGAUGAACUAACAAAUCAAAUACUCAGUGAACGCAAAACUCGCAACAAAUAUACAGCUAAUGAUAAAUCCAAACGGCGCACAGAUUUCAUACAAUUAAUGAUAGAUUCGGAAGAGACUGAAGACAAAGACAACGGCUAUAACUCUAUAUCCGAUGGCGAGACCGAAGCGGCAGACAAUCACCAAACGGUUCCCAAGAAGUCUGUGGGAACUCUCAGUGCCGACGAACUCACGGCUCAGUCCAUAUUCUUCUUCAUAGCCGGUUACGACACGACAUCCGCCGCCAUAACACACGCCAUAUAUUACUUGUCUGAACACAAAGAUUGUCAGCAAAUACUAUACGAAGAGUUGCAAACUUGCAAUGAGUUUACGUACGAAAACUUAUCGCAACUGAAAUACUUGAACGCAGUUAUCAACGAAACACUACGUCUCGCGCCUUCGCUAACACGUGUUCAACGCGAGUGUCUCUCGGACUAUAAACUCGGAAAUACCGGUAUUACAAUACCAAAGGGAGCAUCGGUUGAGAUCCUACCCUACGCUUUGCACAGACAGGCAGACCUGUGGCCCAACCCUAACGACUUCAUACCCGACCGGUUCCUAAACCCCGUUCACCACCCGUACGCUUUCAUGCCGUUUGGUGGCGGACCCCGACUAUGCAUUGGCCAGAGGUUUGCGUUGAACGAGAUGCGAAUGUGCCUGGCUAAGUUGGUCAAUAGUAUGGAGUUUACACCCAGUCAAAAUAAAACCAAGCUAGAAUAUUUUAAUGGCAGCAUAUUAAUGUCACCAAAGAGUCUUAUGGUUAAUUUGGAAAUAAGAAAUUAA